AUGGUGGAAAGGACCGACGCGGGCUCUGCUGACGGCAAGCCCUGCAAAAGAUGCAAGGAGAGGCCAGCUAUCCAAGAAAUUCGGACUGAUGCUGUUUGUGGACCAUGUUAUUGCUCCUUCAUCCAGGUCAAGACAGCCAAGCGGCUCGAGGUCCUGACGCGCGAGAGUAAAGCCAGCGGUGCCACCAAGCGGGGCAAGGCCGACUACACUGUCGGCCUAUCGUUCGGCCCCUCGUCCGCAGCCACAGUGCAGCUUCUUGACGUAUUCGAAGGGCGGCGCGCCCAGAAGAACCAGCGCCCGCCCUCGACAAAGUACACGCCGAUAACCACCAAGAUUCAUGUGGUCCACGUCGACACGAACCUGCCGACAGCGGGCGCCGCCUCGCCUCCCUCGGACCUGCUCCAGCGCUGGGCGGAGAGGUAUCCGAGUUUUGCCUUCCGGAGCGUGCCACUGACCGCCGCGAUCGGGUUGAGCGGUAUCGACUGGACUGCACUGCCGGCACUCAAGGAAGGGUGCCCGCCCGAGGAGCAGUUGAGGCACCUGUUUGACAACCUCCCGUCGGCGACGUCGGCGGCCGACGUCACACGGCUCUUUGUGCGGCACAUACUCAUGGCCGAGGCGGUCAGGGAGGACUGCUGCGCGCUGCUGCUUGGCAACAGCACCACGUCGCUGGCGGCGCUGACGCUUUCUGAGACGGCCAAGGGCAGGGCCUUUUCCCUCCCGUGGCUGAUCAAUGACGGGGCGCACUCCAUACCCGACUACUCGCGUGGGUCAGCAGGGGCAGCAGAAGCAAGCUCGCACAAGAUGCUGGUGUACUUUCUGGUGCGAGAGCUCUACCGCAAGGAGCUCACCACAUACAACGAGCUGGCGGGCAUGGAUACCAGUCUCAUCGUCGAUGACACUUCCGUUGCUAACCCCGUCAUCUCGCACAAGCAUCAGACCAUCGACGACGUUAUGACGCGUUACUUUAGGGAGGUGGAGGAAAAUUUCCCAUCGGUCGUGGCAAACGUCGUUCGGACGACGGCAAAGUUAUCGAGGGAUGAACCAAGUGAAAGGUGUGGUCUCUGCGGCGUGGCCAUUGACGCCACAGGUAACGAAAGAUGGGCAGGGGAGAUGGGUGAUAUCACCGACGGAGAGGUAAUCGCACAGAGAAGCAGCAAGCUAUGUCACGGGUGCCAGAGGUCUGUCAACGGGUAG